CACACCAGUUCAGAGAUGCGACAUCUGAUUGUAUUUUUCCUAGGACUAGCGGUGGCGUUGGCCAUCGAGACAACCCACAAGGAUACUCGUAUCACCGGUGGGGAUGAUGCCGGUGAAAAUGACUACCCUUUCACGGUAGGAAUUCUGAUCUCGGGUGAUGAAGAGCAUACCUUCUGCGCGGGAAUUCUGGUGACGCCUCGUUUUGUUCUUACAACCGCAAAUUGUGUCAUACGUCAAACAAUGCUGACCGUGCUGUUGGGGUCAUCGGCCAUAACAGGGAUGAACCAAUUCUUGCCGGUCACCCACGUUCGGCUGCACUGGAAUCACAGUUCAACGGUUAUCAAUCGCGCCGACCUGGCUCUCUUGACACUUGUUCGUGACGCCACCCUAGGACCCGGUGUUGCGGUUGCCCGUCUUCCCAGCUGGUCUCAAGUCGGCAACACCUUCAAUGGCUUUGGGGCGACCGUCGUCGGAUGGGGAUUAUCAGGAAAUCGUGUGGAUGAAACAAUUCCUGUACCGCAUCUGCAGGUCGUUCGUAAUCCAGUGAUCAGUAAUUUCGUGUGCGGAAUAUCUCACUCGUUCAUAACGGAUGAGCAUGUGUGUACUUCUGGGGACAACGGAGGCCCUUGUGAUGGAGAUGAAGGAGGCCCCGUUAUGAUCACGGAAGAUGGCGAGCUUACUGUGAUCGCUAUUCAUUCGUUCCACUUUGGCCGUCUCCGAGGCUGUGAACGUGGUCGAUCGGCUGUUCAUACGCGGCUCACCGAACACCUGGGCUGGCUGGUGGAGCACACGGGUGUCGAGAUAAGACCAUAAUUUGUGAUUGCCUCUGUUAAAGACCCCCUGUUUUAUUUUAAAAUAAAUUAUCCACACCGCAAUAGCUUCGA